AUGGACGACGAUGUUAAAAGUCAUUAUGGUUCUACUAUUAGAGAUCCGAUGAUGGAUCAGUAUGAAGUUAACCCCGAUGACAGAGACGAUGCUAAGGAAGAACCACCUGAAAUUCAUGAUGAUGGUGAUGAGGAAGAAGAGAUGAACUACUACGAUUGGCCGUUUACCCAGGGAGGCUCUAAAGAGGAUCCAAGUGACGAGUUUGAGGGUGGACAACAAUUUAAGAACAAGAAAGAAGUCCUGUUGACAGUUAAGCAGUACAUCAUCAAGAGGGUUGCAGAGUACAAAAUAGUAAAGAGUGACCAGUUGAGGUACAAUGCACAAUGUAUCCAGUUCAGACUCGGUUGUAAUUGGUGCAUACUCAUAUCAUAUCGCCGAAAGCAAGAAAAAUGGGAGGUGAGGAGAUACACUGGGUAUCAUACUUGCAUGCAAACUUCGAUGGGACAAGACCAUGGUAGGUUGGAUUCGAAGGUGAUUGCACAACACAUUUUCACGAUGGUCAAAGCCGAUCCAACAAUCAACAUAAGGGUUCUCCAAGGAGGUGUGAAUAAUCACUUUGGUUACAAGAUGUACUUGCCUAGUAAGAUUUAUUUCAAAUUCGGUUUUUCACUACUAAAAAAGUCAGACGUGUAUAAUAAGCCAACUAAAUAUGUCUCUUUAGGUACUUGGGUACAACUAGUGACUCAACCUUGGCCUGGUUCCACUGACACUGUCAUGUUUCAUCGGGUCUUUUGGACGUUUCCACCGUGCAUUAAGGCUUUCAAACAUUACAAGCCACUUAUUUCCAUUGAUGGAACUUACUUAUAUGGUAAAUACAGUGGGACCUUGCUGAUGGCCAUAGCUCAAGACGGCAACGCAAACAUUUUGCCUAUUAUAUUUGCCAUUGUUGAGGGUGAGACAAAGGAGGCAUGGUCAUUCUUUCUGUCGUAUCUGCGGGAGCAUGUCACACCACAACCCGAGGUCUUAGUGAUCUCAGACAGGCAUAAAUCCAUUGAUGUGUAUUCAAAGUCGCAGCGUGAGUUUGCUCAUUAUUUUGGCCGGCUAAAGGGAGAAAAUGUAGCAAUCACAAACUGGAUUGAAGAAAUGUCACGGUCCCAGUGGACACAGUAUGCUGAUGAGGGUCAUCGAUUUGGUCACAUGAAGACUAAUAUCUCCGAGUGUAUUAACGUUGUUAUGAACAAUUCCCGUAAUUUGCCGAUCACAGCUCUUGUUAAGUCAAGCUAUUUUCCCAAUAUCAAAAUGAACACAAGCCUCCGGCUUCUGUCCCUGCUGACUGGUCCCUACCUCUGA